CACACGCACACACACCGCUCACACACACUCACUCUCCCACACGCGUGAAAGGUGUCACACACACCCAGAGGGAAAGAGAGAGACUCACCGGAGGACUUUGAUUUUGGACUGGAGCAUGAAUUUGCCAUCAAGCCGUCGCUCCACACUUCUUGACAAACCAAGUGAGGCUUCCCGGGGAAACGCAGACGGACGCAGCUUUUAAAUGCAACAUCUUACCUUGCGGAGGGCGAUGCGCGCGACUCUUAAUCCAUAAACUGCCACAGUUUUGUAUGUUUGCAAAAAAGACGCCGAGCGCAGCCUGGAUAUAUCACCCGCAGAUCUGUUGUUUGCGCUCUUGGAGGAGACAGGGGGGCUGAAUAUUUGGCCGCUGCGUGCAUUUGAGCGCAAUAUCUCAGAGACAGGGACUCGCGUCGGAGCCGAGUUUUGACUCCUCAUCAUGGGGUUCGGCGCGCGGACUGACAGAGAGGGAGGAAGAGGAGUGCAGAGAUCUGCCCCUGAGAUGAUGCUCGUGUCCUGGCUGUUCCUCUUUCUCCUGCUGGAUGUCGGAGUGGCUCAAGUUGAGGAUGACUUCAUCGGUCUUGGUGAACUGCCGGAAACCUUCCCAUCAGACCCCCCGGAGCCCCUGCCUGUGUUUUUGAUGGAACCAGAGGAGGCCUACAUUGUCAAGAACAAGCCGGUCAACUUGUACUGCAAAGCCACGCCCGCCACCCAGAUCUACUUCAAGUGCAACAGCGAGUGGGUUCACCAGAAGGAGCACACCGUGGAGGAGCGGGUUGAUGAGAACUCUGGCUUGGUGGUGAGGGAGGCCAGCAUAGAGAUCACUCGGCAGCAGGUGGAGGAGCUGUUUGGGCCGGAGGACUUCUGGUGUCAGUGUGUGGCCUGGAGCUCGGCGGGGACCACCAAGAGCCGCAAAGCCUUCGUCCGCAUCGCUUACUUGAGGAAGACGUUCGACCAAGAACCGCUGGGGAAGGAAGUGUCACUCGAACAGGAAGUGUUGCUCCAGUGUCGUCCACCUGAAGGCAUACCAGCUGCUGAGGUGGAGUGGCUAAAGAACGAGGAAGUGAUCGAUCCGGCGGACGACAGGAACUUCUACAUCACCAUCGACCACAAUCUCAUCAUCAAACAGGCACGCCUGUCUGACACGGCUAACUACACCUGUGUGGCGAAGAACAUCGUGGCCAAGAGACGCAGCACCACCGCCACCGUUAUCGUCUACGUGAAUGGUGGUUGGUCAACGUGGACAGAAUGGUCAGUGUGCAACAGUCGCUGUGGCCGUGGUUACCAGAAGCGCACGCGCAGCUGCACCAACCCAGCGCCACUCAACGGCGGCGCCAUCUGUGAAGGACAAGGCAUCCAGAAGCUGGCGUGUAAUCCUCUCUGCCCAGUGGAUGGCCUGUGGACAGAGUGGAGUAAGUGGUCUACCUGUGGGACAGAGUGCACACACUGGCGGAGGCGAGAAUGCGGCGCUCCAGCACCCAAAAAUGGGGGGAAGGACUGUGAGGGCAUGGUACUCCAGUCCAAGAACUGCACCGAUGGGCUGUGCAUGCAGAGUUCCUUAUUUCAGAAGUCCUCUGAGGCCAAAGACAAGGGUGAUUUUGGAAAUUCAUUGGCGCCGAGUACAGAUGACGUAGCUCUGUAUGUGGGGAUCGUCAUCGCGGUGAUCAUGUGCCUGGUCAUCUCUGUCGUCGUGGCGCUCUUCAUCUACAGGAAGAACCACCGGGACUUCGACUCCGACAUCAUCGAUUCCUCUGCCCUCAACGGCGGCUUCCAGCCAGUCAGCAUCAAGACUGCCCGCAAAGCUGAACUCCUAACGGCACCCCCUGACCUGACCUCAGCGGCCGCCAUGUACCGCGGCCCCGUCUACGCCCUCCACGACGUUGCCGACAAAAUCCCCAUGACCAAUUCUCCUCUGCUGGACCCUCUGCCCAACCUGAAGAUUAAGGUGUAUAACUCGUCAGGUUUAGUGACACCACAGGACGACCUGGGAGGGGAGUUUUCCUCUAAAUUGUCACCGAAGCUGCCUCACUGCCUCCUGGACAACAGUGACAGCACCAUGGGGCGUCGCAUGCAGACCCAGACGCUGCUCCGCACCAGGGACCCAUCCUGCACCGCUCUGGGUUCCUUCAGCUCCCAGGGGGGGCACCUCAUUGUGCCAAACUCAGGGGUGAGUCUGCUAAUUCCAGCUGGAGCCAUUCCUCAGGGCAGAGUGUAUGAGAUGUAUGUGACGGUUCAGAGGAAGGACAUCAUGAGGCCCGUGGUGGAUGAUGGCCAAACAGUCCUGAGCCCUGUGGUGAGCUGCGGGCCACCCGGGGCCCUGUUGACUCGGCCCGUCAUCAUCACCAUGCACCACUGCGCGGUGUUUGACGGCCAACAGGACUGGCUGAUCCAGCUCAAGAACCAGUCACCGCACAACCAGUGGGAGGAUGUCGUCGUGGUUGGCGAAGAGAACUUCACGACGCCGUGCUACAUCCAAAUGGACGACGAGUCCUGCCACAUCCUGACCGAGACGCUGGGCACCUACUGCCUCGUGGGCCAGACUCUCAGCGCUGCCACCACCAAGCGCCUCAAACUCGCCAUCUUCGGCCCCGUCACCUGCCCCGCCAUGGAAUAUCACAUCAGGGUCUACUGCCUGGACGACACGCAGGACGCACUCAAGGAAGUGCUGCAAAUGGAGAAGCAGAUGGGUGGAAAGUUGCUGGAUGAACCAAAGACACUCAACUUUAAAGACAGUACUCACAACCUGAGACUUUCCAUCCACGAUGUCCCCCACACAUUGUGGAAGAGCAAGCUAUUGGCCAAGUACCAGGAACUUUCCUUUCAGCAGGUGUGGAGCGGUGCACAGAGGAACGUCCACUGCUGCUUCACCCUGGAGCGGUUUUCUGUCAGCACGGUGGACCUGGCCUGUAAGAUAUGUGUGCGCCAAGUGGAGGGAGAAGGACAGAUUUUUCAGCUGGACACCACACUGUCAGAGGAUUCCCAGAGUAUUGACACGUCCCUGCUGGACCCUGCCAGUAACAUCACCACACUAGUUGGGCCCAAUGCCUUCCGCAUCCCUGUCUCCAUCCGGCAGAAGUUGUGUGGCAGCCUGGAUGCGCCGCAGAACAGGGGCAAUGACUGGAGAAUGUUGGCCCACAAACUUAACGUUGACAGGUAUCUUAACUACUUUGCCACCAAAUCCAGUCCUACAGGAGUGAUACUGGAUCUGUGGGAAGCCCAGCAUUUUCCCGAUGGCAAUCUCAGCCGCCUCGCUCAGGUACUUGAGGAGAUGGGACGUCACGACAGCCUUGUUCCCGCGAUGACUGAGCACUGACAUCUGCCCACCAGGGAAUGUGAAAUUCCAGGGAGGAAGAAGAAGACAUAAAAGGCAAAAAAACAAGAGCUGGAAAAGCCCCAACGCAGCAGAGUCAUUUGGCAUCACAGUUGACAAGUGCACACGCACACACACGCACACACACACACACACACACAAACACACAAACA